GUAAAUGAGGGAGAAUGUGUUGAUCUGAAGACUGAAGUUACUGACAUACAGAGAGUUGAUCUGAUAGAGUGGAGAUUUGGAGAAACUCUCAUAGCUGAAAUCAAUCCUGCAAACAAUAUCUUCAGUACAUCUGAUAAUGGUCUAUUCAGAGAUAAACUGAAGCUGAAUCCUCAGACUGGAGAUCUCAACAUCAGUGACAUCAGACAGAAACACACUGGAGAUUAUACACUGAAGAUCAUCAGAGAUGGAGAAACCUCAGACAAAAAGUUUUUUGUGAAUUUCAUAAAUCAUUUCAACAAACCAUUCCUGAACAUGGGAGAAUCUGUCCAUCUGAAGACUGAAGUUACUGACAUACAGAGAGAUGAGAAGAUAGAGUGGAGAUUUACGAUGAGAUCUACAUUUAAAGAAUCUCUCAUAGCUGAAAUCAAUCCUGCCAACAAUAUCUGCAGUACAUAUAAUGGUGUUGAUGAUCUAUUCAGAGAUAAACUGACGCUGAAUCAUCAGACUGGAGAUCUCACCAUCAAUGACAUCAUAUGGGAACACAAUGGAGAGUAUGAACUGAAGAUCAUCAGAGAUGAAAAAUCAUCAUACAAGAGAUUCGAAGUUUAUGUCAUGGUUGUGAUGAGUGAAACACUGGAAGUGUAUGAGGAAUCAUCUGUCGAUAUGAAGACUGAUCUUACUGACAUACAGAAAAAUGAGAAGAUAGAGUGGAGAUUUAGAGAUACAAUGAGAUCUACAAAUAAAGAAACUCUCAUAGCUGAAAUCAAUCCUGCCAAAAAUAUCUUCAGGACAUAUGAUGGUGAUGAUGAUCUAUUCAGAGAUAAACUGAAACUGAAUCAUCAGACUGGAGAUCUCAAAAUCAGUGACAUCAGAGAGAAACACACUGGAGGUUAUGAAGUGAAGAUCAUCAGAGAUGAUAAAAACUCAUACACGAGAUUUUUUCUGUCUGUCAGAUUUGAAACAAAAGAACUGCAAGUGAAAGAGGGAGAAUCUGUCCAUAUGAUGUCUGAUCUUACUGCCAUAAAGAGAGAUGAGAAGAUAGAGUGGAGAUUUGAACAAACUCUCAUAGCAAAAAUCUAUUUUGCCAACAAUAUCUUCAGUACAUAUGAUGGUGAUGAUGAUCUAUUCAGAGAUAAACUGAAGCUGAAUCAUAAAACUGGAGAUCUCAACAUCAAUGACUUCAGAGAAAAACACAAUGGAGUUUAUACACUGGAGAUCUUUAGAUUUGGAAAAACAUCAUACAAGAAAUUCAGUGUGUCUGUCAGAGAUGAUUUGGCAUUAAGAGGACGGGCUGUACAGUCAUCCACAGCAUAUGGUUGGGUAGCAUCAAAUGCCAUUGACAAUUCACCCUUCACCUGCACCCAUACUGACACAUCUGAUAACCCCUGGUGGAGACUGGAUCUUCUGGAUUCUUACUACAUCUCUAGAGUCGUCAUCACUAACAGAAAAGACUGCUGUGCGGAGCGACUCAACGGAGCAGAAAUUCGUAUCGGAAACUCUUUGGAAAACAACGGCAACAAUAAUCCCAGAUAUGCUGUGCUAAAUGGUGUGGCAGCGGGUCAGUCUGUGUCUGUGUCCUGUCACAAUACGAACGGACGAUAUGUGAACGUCAUCAUACCUGGAAGUUCAAAAAUUCUUUCUCUUGCUAAAGUGGAGGUGUAUCAGGCAGAGGAUUUGGCAUUAAGAGGACGGGCUGUACAGUCAUCCACAGGAUACGGUUGGGAAGCAUCAAAUGCCAUUGAAAAUUUACCCUUAACCUGCACCCAUACAGACACAUCUGAUAACCCCUGGUGGAGACUGGAUCUUCUGGAUUCUUACUAUAUUUCUACAGUUGUCAUCACUAACAGAAAAGACUGCUGUGCGGAGCGACUCAAUGGAGCAGAAAUACGUAUCGGAAACUCUUUGGAAAACAACGGCAACAAUAAUCCCAGAUAUGCUGUGCUAAAUGGUGUGCCAGCGGGUCAGUCUGUGUCUGUGUCCUGUCACAAUACGAACGGACGAUAUGUGAACAUCAUCAUACCUGGACAUUCAAAAAUUCUUUCUCUUGCUAAAGUGGAGGUGUAUCAGGCAGAGGAUUUGGCAUUAAGAGGACGGGCUGUGCAGUCAUCCACAGGAUAUGGUUGGGAAGCAUCAAAUGCCAUUGACAAUUUACCCUUCACCUGCACCCAUACAGACACAUCUGAUAACCCCUGGUGGAGACUGGAUCUUCUGGAUUCUUACUACAUCUCUACAGUCGUCAUCACUAACAGAAAAGACUGCUGUGCGGAGCGACUCAACGGAGCAGAAAUUCGUAUUGGAAACUCUUUGGAAAACAACGGCAACAAUAAUCCCAGAUAUGCUGUGCUGAAUGGUGUGCCAGCUGGUCAGUCUGUGUCUGUGUCCUGUCACAAUACGAACGGACGAUAUGUGAACGUCAUCAUACCUGGAAGUUCAAAAAUUCUUUCUCUUGCUAAAGUGGAGGUGUAUCAGGCAGAGGAUUUGGCAUUAAGAGGACGGGCUGUGCAGUCAUCCACAGGAUAUGGUUGGGAAGCAUCAAAUGCCAUUGACAAUUUACCCUUCACCUGCACCCAUACAGACACAUCUGAUAACCCCUGGUGGAGACUGGAUCUUCUGGAUUCUUACAAUAUUUCUACAGUUGUCAUCACUAACAGAAAAGACUGCUGUGCGGAGCGACUCAAUGGAGCAGAAAUACGUAUCGGAAACUCUUUGGAAAACAACGGCAACAAUAAUCCCAGAUAUGCUGUGCUGAAUGGUGUGGCAGCGGGUCAGUCUGUGUCUGUGUCCUGUCACAAUACGAACGGACGAUAUGUGAACGUCAUCAUACCUGGACAUUCAAAAAUUCUUUCUCUUGCUAAAGUGGCGGUGUCUCAGGCAGAGGAUUUGGCAUUAAGAGGACGGGCUGUACAGUCAUCCACAGCAUAUGGUUGGGAAGCAUCAAAUGCCAUUGACAAUUUACCCUUAACCUGCACCCAUACAGACACAUCUGAUAACCCCUGGUGGAGACUGGAUCUUCUGGAUUCUUACUAUAUUUCUACAGUUGUCAUCACUAACAGAAAAGACUGCUGUGAGGAGCGACUCAACGGAGCAGAAAUUCGUAUCGGAAACUCUUUGGAAAACAAUGGCAACAAUAAUCCCAGAUAUGCUGUGCUGAAUGGUGUUGCAGCGGGUCAGUCUGUGUCUGUGUCCUGUCACAAUAUGAACGGACGAUAUGUGAACGUCAUCAUACCUGGAAGUUCAAAAAUUCUUUCUCUUGCUCAAGUGGAGGUCUAUAAAGCAGCUUCUAAGAGAGAAGAUCCAGUGGAGGCGAGAGAAGAUCUAGUGGAGAUAAGAGGAGGAGAUUCUGUGAGGAUAGAGAUGCAGCCAUUGUUGAAUAAUAGCAGUCAGUAGCAGUGAUGUGCCUUCACAGUAACAUGAGUAAUAUUACAAACACAUCAGCAUCACAUCACUUAUAACAUCACCCUUAUAUCAUCGAGGUCAAAAAUAUGGGCUGAUAGACCAGAGGAAAAGAUUUCUUUUUGAUUUGCCAUUUACAUUUAAACAUUAAAAAGCACCUAAUAUCCGAUUCAUGAUUUCCUUUGGUGUGUAAGUG